UGCACUCAAUUUCAACCUUUUUUUCAACUGGAAAAAUGUACAGCAGCUGCUGCUCAUUUAAUAAAAUUCCUGUCCUACAGAAGACUAUCAUACAGAUGGUUCAGACUUCCAGCUGACAGACCCUAAGGACACAGGUUAGCAGGCUAUUUACUAAUAUGUGGUUUUAUUCCAUCUCCUGUCUCCAGCCAUUCCCUUGACACAGUUCUGUCUCAUUGUUUUGUAUAGUCUGUAACCUUAUUUGGUAAAGACUUUUAUCUCAGGACAAGUCUAAAGAUUAUGCUAGGUCAUUGCUUCUGGUCUUCCAUUUUCAGUUUGCUUAACAUUUCCUGUACCAUUAGCAUUUAUAGAAGCAUAUGAAACAGGGCAUUGAGAAUUACAGGGUUUAACCACAGCAAAGAUCAUCUUUUACAGCCUGAAAUUUAAGAUAUAAAGCACAGGAAUUUCUUCUGAAAGUAUUCAGUUUAGGAGGAAAAAUGUCUUCCUUAGCUACGUUUCUUCUCAAAACUGGUAAGCAAGAUACAGUGCAUGGACCCCAAUACCUACUCAAAAGAAUCUCUCAAGGUUUGCAACUACACCUCUCAAUUGGUGAAAAUAAACAAAUAAAUUGCAAUAUCCUCACCCCAGUAAGUUAUAUUGAUAAAUUCAUGCAGUAUUUUAGUUUUAGAAGGUUUUCAGGUUUUCUCUUUCCAUUCCUAGAGCAGCCUGACAGUAAGACAGCACAAACUCCUCAAACAGAUGCCAUCCUUGAAAAAAUUGGUGCUUGUUCCUAUCAAACCCCUCUCUGGGGCUUUUGGGUGUGCAGUGAUGACUGUACAGGUUUGCCUCAUUUCCCCUCAUAGUAGCUGGAAGGCUUGGAUUGUUGUAACAGGAGACCAAGUAGCAGCCUGCCUCUUCCGCACAGAAAACAAGUGGGGCAUUCAGGUAGUACACGCUGGUUUUUUUUUGCUUGGGGUGAUUGGUAAAGUCACAGUGCAGUGACUUAAAAAAACAAGUCUUUGUAAAUAACUUCCAUUGCCAAUAUUAUGUUGUGAAUAUUUCAGAAGAAAGAUGGGGUGUUUUGAAGUAUAUGUUGGCAGCACUUUUUGUUUCAAUGAGCAUAGUUGGAAAUGUCAGUAGCCAUUACGUGAUGAGGUUCUGUUUUGCAAGUCAUCUCCCAUCUUACCUGGUUGCUUUUCUGUAUUCAUUUUUUAUUUUGUGUCAUGCACACGAAAAGAGAAGGCGAUGCUUCUAGUUUAGGCUAAAAAUACAUGAAAAAUUAUUUGGGUAUCAUUGUGGUCUAACCCCAGCUGGCAACUAAGCCCCACACAGCCAUUCACUCACUUUCCCCAGUACAUGAGCUGAAACUUUCUCAGAAAGUGUGAUGCAGAUAAAAUACUGUACUUACCUGGUGAAAUCCUUGCUUCAGUGCUACUCAGACAGCCUGAUGGAAUGUUGCAGAAAAAUUACUCUCCUACCAAUCCUUUCUUGUGCCUUAUUGACAUUUCAGAUUUUCUGCAAACCUUUGCGAGUAGGCUGACCGGCUCCAUUUUACAUUCUUAGUUUAUGUUGGGAUUUAUGUUAUUUGAUUCAGUCCUAACCAGCAAAAUUGUUCAGUUUAGAAGUACAAAAUAAGGACUCACACCCACAUGUUUCAAUAUUCAAAAGAAGCCUGAGAUCAUAACAGCAACAUUGUUGUCAUUCAUCUUUCUCUGCAUCAACUGAACUGUAGAAGUCCCUCCUGACCUGCUCAGCAGGGAGAUGAACUAACAGCCUUACUACAGGCUGAACAAGGUGUGCCAGUGUGAGGCAGGGCUUUCAUAAAGCACUUUGAAGGUAAUACUAUCUUGUAGCAAGUUUUGUUAGUGAUUUCAUUCUUGAACCUUGGUAAUGCUGGCCUUGGCAAACAAAAAAGGCUGUCAGGCAUUAGCAAUCUUCACCAUAUAUGGAUAUUGCUAGGUAGGACUGCAGAAAUAAGCUUUUGGGGCUAAAUUUGGUAGAUAAAGGGGUGACCCAGUUUGGAAGGCUGCUGAUGAAUGCAAGAAACAAGCUAAAUCCCAAACCUGAAAUAGAAAACCUCUAAAACAGGUGCUGGGAGCAAUAUUUGUGCACCAGAGUGAAGCCUUUUAUCCUGCUGUAAUUCCAGGUCUGGGUGGCUUGCAGAUACUGCUCCCACCUAUUAAGGCUACAUAACUUUUAACAUAUUGUGUUGUUAGAGACCCAAAUCUUACCAGAUUAAGCUGAGAGAAUUGAAUGCUCUCAAACCUGGACUUUUUGCCUUUUUUAAGAGACAUGGUUCUAUAGUUGAUCACUCCUUAAAGGACUUUUUUUUUUUGAAGUACACUCUGUGAACCUUGAUACUAUGUUGAAUUUGAUGACUUCUUAAUCUUAACUGUUAGCUGGAAUCUUCACAACUUAAUUAUUCAGAUAUAAUGGAAACUGAGAUGUUAAUACUAAACUCAGAAAUCUGCUGCUUAACCAGCUGUCUUGUUAAUUAUGGUAACAACACACUGGCAAUUGCUUUGAUUAAAACACCCUGGGUUUGGUUUGCCUUUUCAUUCCCCAAUCACUGUCCAUACAGAUUCAGUUCUGCUGUGCUCUCUCCCUUGCUAAGCGUGCAGAGGAGCACACCAGGUCCUCUGGAGAGGCUGCUGUGAAGCACAGGACAAGGACUCUGCCUCAGAACAUCCCUGUGUACUUUAAUGCUUCAAGCUCCUGUGUAACUGGGCAGAAGGGUAGAAGACGCUGCUGCUCAAAAGCAUCCCAACUCAACAAAAAUGCACAUAAAGGUGCAAGUUUUAAAAUUGCUCCAGUGGAAAAAAGGAGACCUUGCAAGCCUUGUUCUCCGCGAGUCCCUCCGUUUUCUGGACCACUUCCACAGCUAAAAUAAGCAGACUGAGAGGAGGCUGAAAAGCAUCUGCCUACAUGCACAACCAACAGUGCCUCACUGUCUUGAGGACCCUCCUUUCACAGACAGGACAUGAGUGUACAUUGCUUUCUGUCUGGAGAAAGGCUUCAUUACUUUGUGUUAAUUCAUUCCUUCAUUCAGGCACCUUUGAUAGUAUUAACCUGGCAGAAAGAGUCUGGCAAAGCUGUCUGGCUGUCACCAGACUUUGUGUUUGUGGAAUAUUCUUCUGUACCAAGCAGGGAUUUAGCUCCUCAAGUAAGAGAAUGAGGAAAGCUGGUUGAAGAGGUAGCUGAAUUGUACUGGUUUGCAUUUCUAAAUGCCUUUUAGGCAUUCCAUUGCCUAAAAGGUGGUGAAGGGUUGAUGCUUUUGUUUCUAGUUAUCAGUAUACAUGCAUAUUUAACCUUUUCUUCAAUCAUUUAUUUUAUAGUAACAAAGGUGUUUGUUUAUAUGAUCAUCAAUCAUUGAUGAUUUUUCCUGCAGCUCUCAUGCUUGAUGCUUGCAAUCCACUUGGAAGUAAAUUUCUACAAAUGAUAAAAAUAUCAUCAUUUACAAAGGGCUGAGGAACUAGAUAAGCAGAUUAUUAAAAUAGUGGUGAUUGGCCAGAUUCAAGUAAGCUUUUCAAUAUGUCUUCCAAGGGGGCUAAAUCUGACUUUAAAAUCAAAGUGGCCUGGUUUUAACUGCCUUAAGAGUGUCAUCAGGUGGUUAUUGAAGAGCAUACUGAAAAGAUAUUAAACCUAAUCAGAUUUCAUCUGUUCCUCUGAAGCCAGAAGGCAGCUGUUCUUUCAAGACAGCAGAAUUGUGUGAUCACCUCAACAAACAAAGCUUACUGGAGCAUGAAAUAAAUGCUAAGAAUAAUACCAAAGGGCUGAAUAACAGAGAAACUGAAGCACCUGCUGAUACUUUAGCCAUGUAUCAUCUGUCCUUUCCUAACUGUCCUCUGUGUUGCCGCUAUUUCUCUGCCUGGGGGAGAGUCCUUAAAACUGAAUUACUUGCUUGUUCAUAAAUUCAGUUCUCCUUCUAGUGAAUAUGAGGAGGAGUAGAAACCUUUUCUGCUGCUGGGUAAAUUGCAGAUUGCAAAUAGUAAUUUUUCUGUCAGUCCUCAUAGUACUACUCUUUCUGUUAACAUAAUUGUCAGUAUGAUAGAAAUGGUUUCAGUGCCCUUCACAAUUUGGGGGGAGUUGAAUGGGAACAGUCAGAGGUCUGUUGUAACUCACACAGGCAAAUGCAAUUCCAAAAGGUCAGGUUUAUGGGCACUUGCUCAGGGUCCUGCUCUUAUUGAGAAUGUUUCUAUUGUACUGAACAAUUGAACCUAUUCCUGGCUCUUCUGUGUGCUUGCUAUUACUUUAUUUUCAUAUUGGUUUUGAGAGUAGGUAGAUCUGACACUCAGCUUCCUAUUUUUGAAGACCUGACCAUGCAUAGCAUUUUUUAUAUCAAGGAUAAAGGAACUGCCAGUCCUCCUUGCAAGACCUCUGAAUCAGGAGGUUGAUGAAGGAACUGUGUUUCACUGUUCAGUUGCUGAUCAGGGGGGCAGCAUAUUUUAUUUCUAUUGUUUUGUGGAGCUCACAGAAAAAAUCUGUAGAAUAUUAAUGACAAGUAAAUGUAAAAAAUAUUUUUGGUAUUGUUUGCAGCAGAGUUUUUCUCUGUAAAAUAUGGCCAUGUGUUUACAAGUCUGUAUAAAGCCUCACUACAAGGUUUGAGGAUUCUCUUUUCUAAUGUGAGUUUAAGGCCUUUUAUAUCUGAAAAAUGUUCCAAUAUUUUCCUCUUUGCCUUACACCCUCCAAGCAGCAUGCUCUAAACUCUCCAGCCUCCUUCAGGCAAAAUGUUCCCUCUGAUAAAAAAAGCAUAAGCUGUAGAGACCACUAACACAAUUCUUACAGAAAUAUUCUGUGUAGAGACACAAUUUGUGGUGAUUGGGGUGGGGCUGUGGCAGAGCCUCAUCAGCAAUGGGCACAGCUGUGAGCAGCAGGUGAGCAGCACUGACAGCAAUGAGCCAGGGAGUGCGCAGGGACACUGACCAACCACCAAAGGGAGCAGAGGGCACACAGGGGCAGUGCAUCAACGUGAGGGGAUAAAAGGCUGGGCUGAGGAGCAAGAAGGGCAAUGCUUGCAGCUCCUUGUGGAGUGGAGUGAUGUUACUCUGUAUGGGCAGACACCUGAAGCCUUCUGAUGUGGUAAGGACAAGCACUGCUUUGGUAUAAGGCUGCCUGGGUACUCGGGUUUCCUCUGGACACAGCAAUCCAAGGCAAAGGCUGGUGUGUGCCCUGGCCAGUGGGAUCUCCAUCCCCUAACAAGAAUUGCAUGAGGAAUUCUGAAUGAAGUGUGCUGUGCAUAAUGCCUCCAGGUAUCAAUGUUCAGGCAAAUUAUGCCCCCUAUUUCUUUGAUAAUGGAGCCAGAAGCACAAACGGGAACAUGGCACUUCUCAGCCUUUCAGAGGACACGCCUGUUGGUACCCACGUGUACACUCUGAAUGGAACUGACCCAGAAGGAGAUCCUGUCACAUAUGGCCUGACCUAUGAAGCUGGAUCAAGGCGUUACUUUUCUGUUGACAAGAAUCUUGGAAAUGUUACUUUGAUCGAGGAGCUUGACAGAGAGAAGGAAGAUGAGGUUGAAGUUAUUGUCAGUAUUUCAGAUGGCCUGAGUACAGUUUCUGAAAAAGUCAGGAUCCUUGUAAUGGAUGCCAAUGAUGAGAGCCCAGAGUUCAUCAAUACACCUUACAUAGUCCAAGUCCCAGAGAACACUCCCUCCAGCAGCAGUAUCUUUAAGAUUGAGGCAAUAGACAAAGACACGGGUUCUGGAGGAAGUAUCACCUACUUCUUGCAGAACAUCCACACUAAUAAGUUUACAAUAGACCGUCACAGUGGUGUCCUGCGCAUCAAACCAGGGGUCACCCUGGACUACGAGAAAUCAAGAACACAUUUUGUUGUCGUUGUAGCCAAGGACGGUGGUGGGAAGCUCAGGGGAGACAACAAAGUCUUUUCAGCCACAACAACAGUUACUAUCAACGUGGAGGAUGUUCAGGACACUCCUCCCAUGUUCAUUGGGACUCCCUACUAUGGAUAUGUCUAUGAGGACACGCUCGCAGGCUCUGAGGUCCUUACUGUUGUUGCUCUUGAUGGAGACAGAGGAAAGCCUAACAGUAUUCAUUACUCCAUCGUGAAUGGAAGUGAAGGUUCAUUUGAAAUCAGCAACACCACUGGAGCCAUUUCUGUGAUAAAAAGCCCAAAUCAGCUCAAGAAAGAAGUGUAUGAACUAAAAGUUAAGGCAUCAGAAGUCAGUCAGGAAGGUGACAUCUCUGAGCACACAUUUGCCAUGGUGACCAUACGGGUGGUGGACCUCAACAACCAUCCACCAACGUUCUAUGGAGAAAAUGGUCCCCAGAACAGGUUUGAGCUGACCAUGUACGAGCAUCCCCCAGAGGGUGAGAUCGUACGGGGACUGAAGAUUACAGUCAAUGAUUCAGAUCAGGGAGCCAAUGCUAAAUUCAACCUCCGUCUUGUUGGACCUGGUGGCAUCUUCCGAGUGGUUCCUCAGACUGUCCUGAAUGAGGCUCAGGUUACAAUAAUAGUGGAAAAUUCUGCUGCCAUUGACUAUGAAAGCUUCAAGGUGUUAACCUUCAAGCUUCUUGCAAUAGAGGUGAACACACCGGAGAAAUUCAGCUCGACGGCUGACGUGGUGAUUCGCUUGCUGGACACCAAUGACAAUGUGCCCAAGUUCUCCUCUGACUACUACAUUGCCAGGAUCCCUGAGAACUCCCCAGGGGGCUCCAAUGUAGUUGCUGUUACAGCUACUGAUCCAGAUUCAGGGCUUUGGGGAGAAAUCAAGUACUCUAUCUAUGGAACAGGAGCAGAUCUGUUCCUAAUCCACCCAUCAACAGGUAUCAUUUACACCCAGCCCUGGGCUGUGCUAGAUGCUGAAGUGAACUCCAAGUAUAAUUUCUAUGUGAAAGCAGAGGACACAGAUGGGAAAUACAGCUUGGCUGAAGUGUUUAUCACCGUGCUAGAUGUCAAUGACCACUCUCCAGAGUUCAAUGAAAACAUCCAGGAAAAGACGAUGAUCAUUGGGUCACCCGUGAAGAUAGAGGCUAUAGACCAAGAUGCAGAAGAACCCAACAACAUUGUGGAUUAUUCCAUCAUGCAAGCAGACCCGGCCAAUGUGUUUGACAUAGACCAAAGCACUGGGGAGAUCAAGCUGAAAUCCUAUAUCCGAUCUCUGGACAUCAUCCACAACAUCACAAACAAUAAAGACUGCAUAUGGUCAUUGGUGGUCCAGGCCAAAGAUCGAGGCUCCCCCUCCUUCAGCACCACAGCAGUUCUGAAGAUUGAUAUCACAGAAGAGACUCUUCACAAAGGGCCUAUGGCCGCCUUUUUGAUGCAAACUAAAGAUAACCCCAUGAAAGCCUUAGGAGUGCUAGCUGGUGUCAUGGGCAUAAUGGUGCUGAUAACUAUCAUGAUCUCUACUGCCAUGUUCUGGCGCAACAAGCGGUCCAACAAAGUCAUGCCGGUGAGAAGGAUCAUAAAAAAGAGACAGGUGCCGCCAUCCCGGACAGUCAGGAUGGAGUGGCUGAAGUUCAAGAGGCCCAGCAACGCUGCAGAGAAGUUUGUCGUCGAGGAAGACGUGAAGAGCCUGCACAAUGAGAACAGCAACAACAACGUCCAGGUUGUCCCCGUGCCGCCGGCGGCCCCCCUGCCCCCGCCACCCCCCACCCUGGCUCCCCGAGGCGAUGCCCCGGCGUGGCGGGUGCCAACCGUGUCCGGCUCCCUCACUCCCAAGCAUGUAAUCAAGCCACCGAAGAAGAAAGGUCACAGCAGCACCCACAACGCCCUCGUGUCAGAGCUCAAAAUGAGGUUUGAGAAGAGGAACGCAGCUUUCGGGGAGCCCCACAUCUAGGUGCUCUCAGCAGCCCCCAGAGACUGCAGACUGUGGCUGGGCAUGGAUGUUUUUACUUGCUGUCUGUUCCCUGUGUCUGUCAGCACCCUGUGAACCAGAGCAGCUUCUCGCUGUGAUAGCCACCCCUCACCUUCUGCAAUACCAUUGUGACUGCUGUUCCCUCGGCCGUGUCCCGUGGGCCCUCCCUGCUGUCUGACCACGGUGCUGAGUGUACCAGCCACGGUUUCCCCAGGUGAACAGGGACUCAGGUGGCCCCUGGUUUGGAGGUGUCUACCCAGAGCUUGGGUUUUCAAACAAGAUGCUCUGCAGCCAAGGCCCUGGUGGAUGCUUCUUCUGACCUGGUCUGGCAGGUGGGUUUGAGGUGUCUGAAAAUCCAUCACUUCAAAACCCAGACCCAUUUCUGAAGGUGUUGGCCUGGCUGUGGCAGCAGCACUGAGUCCAGGUGCAGGUCUCCUACAGCAGUGGCACUGCUCUGCCCUGUGCACAAUGUGCUUUGCAACAGCUGGCGGAGCAAUGUGCUCAUGGCCUGAGUCCCUUCAUCCCCAGAAGGUAAGCAGGCAGCCUUGGAGAAGUUCUUCCUUUUCCUGCAGCUUACGCUGGGUUUUGCCAGAGCACAUUGACAUGAUGCUGUGCUUUGCUUCUGCCCUGGACUUGCCUGCUGGGGAGGGAUGGGAGGGGCACCUCAGCCUUCCCUGGACCAGCAGGGGCAAGAUUUGAGCACAGAAGUUCAAUAGCAGCACUCAGCACUGCCUCCUUCUGACACUGUGCCCCAAAAGAGCAGGAGCCCAGCAGGAGGAGGACAUGAAUAAAAGCACUGGGAAGACAAGGUAAAACUGAGAGGUAAAUGAUAAGUGGAAGACAGAGACAAGUGCUGGAAAGUUGCAUAUGUUGGUCAGGGAAGUGUCUGGAAAGAUCAUGUGGUGUUGUACACUGCCAGCAGAAGGUGUCAAGGAAUAUAUUUCAUCACCUCUCCUGGCUUGUUGCAAAAGGAGGUUUCCAUAAAAUAUUCAGGUUUUUCUUAUCAGUAUUUUUGAGUGAAUUAAACAACAUGUAAUGGGACGGGCCUAGCAGGGCAGCUGACAGGGGUUUUUUUCCUGUUAUGUGACAGUAGUAAGGCACCAAGAGCAGAGCACUUUUUUCACUGGAUCUACCCCACAGACUCCCCCUCAGGUUUGUUUCUGAGGAGAUGUUUUUCAGCUGGGCCUGGCUGUUUCCCAUCCCCUGAGGAGAAGGCAGCACCAACUGACUGAGCUGGCUGGGGAGCAGCACCCUGCACCCUCUCUCUGAGAGCCAGCCCUGCAGAGAAGAUGUGCUGUCAUGAUACCAGGAACAUCAAGGGGGGAAGCACACUGUGUUAUUUCAAGGGGUUCAUGAGAGUUCUCCAGCUGUCAUUUCAAUUGAACCAGCAGACCUGGCCCUCAGGAUCUCCUCUCACUCCAGGAAGUGAAAUAAUUCCCCUUUUUGCACCAGGACUUCAUCAGUUUAGGAGAUAGCUGGUUGAAUAUGAAAUUAUGCACUUACAAGGAAAAUCUUGUAUUUUGUAACUUCAGUUCAAUCUGCCUAGAAGCCAUAGUGCUCAUGUCAUCCGUGAGCUGAGCCAGCAGCUGUAGCCAAGAGGUCCAGGAGAGUCCCAGCUGGGGGCCAUGGCAGGAUCGCUGCUCCCAGAGUCUCUCCUGUCACACCUCUCCUUUUCUCUACUGUUUUCUUGCUUAUCCUUCCUCCUGGGGCACUGUGAUGUGAGGCCAAGUUCUCACCUACCCAAUCACCUCGUCUUUGUCCCCUGGCCACAAGCUGGCCGAAGGGAGGGGACAUGCAGCCCCUGACCCCACUCCUGCUGCCCUGUGCAAGCACCUGCCUUCUGAUGGCUGAGUGUCUGCAGGUUCUGCAAUGUUCCCCCAAGUUCCUGAUUUAUUCCCCAUUCCACUGUCUUCCCAGUGUUGUGUUACUGCCAGUAUUCAGUGUUCAUUCUCUAAUGAGGAAAGCCUAUAAAGACCAUUCAAUUAAGUCAGAUUUAACAGGAAUUACAGGCUUAUAGUCUUAGAGAUUAUAUUUAAGAGGCAAUAAAGAUGUUUUAUUACUAUGUUGUGAGACUCCUUCCCAGUUACUCUGUAUUUCAAUUUCAAAGGGU